GGCCCCUCAGCCGGACACCAUGGGCACCCUGAGCUGCGACCCCACUCCACAGCUGACCACGGCACCCCUGGGCCGGCGGGGGACCGAGUGUCCGAUUCCUGAGACUGGCCUGAGGAAGUCCUGUGGGGCAGCUGCCUGGGAGCCCGGUUCCGGGCCCGGCUUGUACGUCCUGCCAUCCACUGUCGGCUACGUCAACCACGACCGCACCCGGGCAGCCGGCCCCGCCUUCUCCCUCCUCCGGAGACCCAGCGAGGCACCCCCUCAGGACGCCAGCCCUGGGCCUAUUUACUUCCUGGACCCGAAAGUCACCCGCUUUGGCCGCAGCUGCACCCCUGCUUACUCCAUGCAGGGCCGGGCCAAGGUCCGGGGUGUGGAGGUGACGCCCGGGCCCGGGGCCUAUAGCCCAGAGAAGGUGCCCCCCACGCACCAGCGGACACCCCCGGCUUUCACCCUGGGCUCCCGCCUGCGCCCGCAGCCCCUGGACACCUCGGUGCCGGCACCCAACGCCUACACGCUGCCCUCUCUCUGGGGCUCCCAGGUCUUCACCAAGCCCAGCAGCCCCAGCUAUACAGCGCUGGGCCGCCCGCCCCCCGCCCGCCCCUUGCAGGACCCCGCAGAGACUCCCGGCCCGGGCCAGUACGAGAGCCCGGACCCCAGCACCUACCGGCAGCGCCCACCUGCCUUCUCCAUGCUGGGACGGCCCCGCCCGCGGCCCUUCAACACCCCCAGCCCCGAGGGCGUCCCCACGAGCAAGGCCAGAGCACCGGCCUGCAGCCCGGGCCCCUGCCCCCCAAGGCGGGCUGUCCCCACGGCCAUGGACGCCUUGCCCUGACGGCCCCCCCCGCCGAGCCCAGCCCCUGCCUGGCGCCCACUGUGGCUGGAGGGGCCUCGGUGCAGCCUGGGUCCCCUUCUCAGAGCUGCCUGCAGUCCUUCCGGGCCACCUUCCCCCUUGCAGUCCCUGGGGGCCAUGACCCCCCAGUUACGCGCAGGGUGCAGGCCGCGCCGCCUCCUCGCGCCCCAGUUUCUUCUCUCCGGUCGCUCCAAGCCAGGCCAGGCGAGAAAGGGACACCCCAGGCCCUCCCAGCGCUGGCUGCGCAUGCAGUCUCCUGUGUCCUAAAACUCAGCGUCCUGCCUGGCUGGGGCCCGGGUCCCCGACAGCUCCGGUUUCUGCCAAACCUGGGCUCUUCCCUGCUUCUCGCAGACAUGCAGCUGCCCGCGUGGCUCCCAGCCCGAGCUCCUUCAGGCGGACGCAGCCCGGAAGCCCGUGCCCUCUGCUCCACUCUCUAGGACUG